AUGACAGCAUCAGUGGUAUCAGCCAGACGAACCCACCGGACAACCUACGAUAAGGUCCCGUUUAGCGGCGCCUGGGCGAAUUCCAACCGUCAGAGCAUUCGCCCUCUGCACAGCAGCCCCUAUCCCGCCCUGCGGAACUGCUCGCGCGACCGUGGAUACGCCACUAUCAGCGCGCUCCGCGGCUCCGAGCCUAGGCCCUGCCCCGUUUCGAACCCCGUCCUCAGCCCCAUGCACAUGCGCCCUCCCAGCAUGCGCCCACACCCGCGCAUGUCUCCCGCGAACCAAUGA